AUGGAAGAAGAAAAUAAAGAGCCAGCCAGUGAGCAAAAUAGGGAGAAAUUCUCCUCCCCUUCAGCAAUGGAAACAGAGAAGUCCAAAUCCUUGGUUGAUGACUCUCAGGACGGCAACGACCCUGAUGGCAUGGACCAGUCUGAAGAGAUGAUCAAAGAUUAUAAUUUUGACGAAAUUAACAGGAAGAAUAAGGAAGAACUGGCUGAAUCUAUCCAGUCUGAUCAGGAAAGCUCAGUUAAAGGCAAUGAUAAUAUGGAUAAAUUUAUCUUCUCUGAUGUUAAAUAAGCAGAUUAUCAUUGACAGGCUCCAUCGAGCAAAUGAUUUUGUUGAAGUCGGCGAUCUUGAGUCAGCCCUUUGUGAAUUUAACAAAAUUUUGUUUUACGAUAAGUCUAUCGCAGAAGCUUAUGCUGAACGAGCAGAGAUUUAUCUCAAGUUAUGCGACUUUUCAUCAGCAAUAGCUAAUUUUAAGAAGGCAAUACAGCUUAAAUACAAGGAAGACUGGGAAAAGAAGUUAAAUCAGCUUUAUUUUCUUAAAGGACUUGGUCUCAUUGAGGAGGGAUACUGUAAUGAUGUCCUUAACCUGGUCAAAACCAUUGAGUCUGACGAUAUUAAAUUUAUCUAUCUCAGAGCCCUUGCUUAUAUUAAAGCGGGGAAUAAGUUAGUAGCUCUUGAAGAAAUUGAGAAAUGACUUGAAAAAGACCCGAAUAAUGUUGAAGUACUCAUCUUGAAAGGAAAACUUCUUUGGUCUAAUAGUGGAAGCAAAGUUUACCCCAGCUUGAAUGAAUAUUUCUGGAAAGCUCAUGCCAUCAACCCAGAUCACACUGAAGUUGUUGAAUUUUUAUCCAUUAUGAAGCCCAAAGCUGAAGAGAAAUACCAGGAAGCAUUGAGGAAUAUAUUUAAAAAGAAUAUAAGUGCUGCUUUUGAGAACAUUAGUCAGGGUCUUGAGCUGUUCAGAGACAUGCCCAAGCUACUACUUCUGAGGGCUAGUUUAUACCGAGAGCAGAAUGAAUGCCAGAAAGCUCUAAAUGACCUAGAGAGGGCUUCUAAGUUCAUGUUUGUGGAUGGUCUAGAGCACCAGGUAAAUGCCCAGAUUGGUCUUACUUACAACACUAUGGGUAUCUCAUUGUUUUCUCUUGGGAAAUACCAUGACUCGGUGACUAUUUUCAACGAAGCACUGAACUUUAUGGACCAAGAUCCUGGAGUGUAUAUAAAUCGAGGUGAUGCAUACCGAGAAUUGAAGAAAUUCAAUUUAGCACUGUCCGACUAUCAUUAUGCUCUUGAUCUUGGAGGCCAAGGUCCCAAGAUCAACUUUAGGCUUGCUCUUACACACUAUGCAUUAGGAGUUAACUGAUUUAACGAAAAAGAUUACGAAGGUGCAAAGAUCGAAUUCUCUCGAAGUAUUGACUACAACAGCUCGAUGCCAGAUGUCUUUGUAAACAGAGCUAAGGCCUGAUUAGAACUCGGCCUUGUUGAGAGUGCCUAUUCAGACAUUGAGAGAACACUUGAGAUCCAGCCUGACCAUUCUUUGGCUAACUCUAUGAUCCAGAACUUCAACAGGGAGACUAAACCUUUGUUCCAGAAUGGGAAAUUUUUAUCAUUUAAGAACUACUAG